CUAGGUUGAGAGCGCAGAGUUUUUCCACGUCAGUGUGUUUACCAGACUGACAGCCGCAGGAAGCCGCUGCAUGCAUUCACCUGUGGGCCCUUUUCCUCUGAAGACUGAGCCAAGACGCGGGGUUUGGAAGUAUUGUGCUACCAAGCAGUGGAAUGUCGGAAGCGUUCAUUCUGUCUGUUUGUCGUAGUGAACUGAACUUUGCUCAUCUUCAUUCACUGUUGGCCGACUAGCCUGCGAGCUGGCCGAGCUAGGCUAGCAUUAGCUACAGCAGGACUCCGUCUUUGAAAAAGCAGCCACACGCAGAAAAGAAGCAUGGUGGACAAGAAUAUCUACAUCAUCCAGGGAGAAAUCGGCACUGUUGUUGGAGCUAUCAAGAGGAACUCCAGAUGGAAUACUCAUACUCCUCUGGAUGAAGAACAGGACCCAUUACUCAACAGCUUUGGACACCUCAAAGAAAUCCUCAACAGCAUUACAGAGCUGUGUGAUAUUGAACCCAACAUUUUCCUGAGGCCUUUCCUGGAAGUCGUCCGCUCUGAGGACACCACAGGACCAAUCACAGGCCUUGCCCUUACCUCUGUCAACAAGUUCCUUUCCUAUGGCCUCAUCGAUGCGAACCAUGAAGCAGCAGCAGAGGCCAUUGAAAACAUGGCAGACGCCGUCACACAUGCUAGAUUUGUGGGAACAGACCCUGCCAGUGAUGAAGUCGUCCUCAUGAAAAUUCUACAGGUCCUGAGGACUCUGCUGCUGACGCCGGUGGGAGCCCACCUGACCAAUGAGUCUGUUUGUGAGAUCAUGCAGUCCUGCUUUAGGAUUUGCUUUGAGAUGCGCCUUAGUGACCUUCUCAGGAAAUCAGCUGAACAUACACUGGUUGACAUGGUGCAGCUACUUUUCUCCAGACUCCCACAGUUCAAAGAGGAGGCCAAGAGUUAUGUUGGUGCCAACAUGAAGAAGUUGAAGAUGCGUGCCGGUGGAAUGAGUGAAUCGUCCAAAUGGAAGAAGCAGAAACGCUCGCCGAGGCAGCCUCGACACAUGGUCCGAAGUCCCUCUGGUCAGAUGGACCCAGCCCAGUCCAGCACCCUCAGUAACAACAACCUUUCAGGUGGCGUCCCGUUCAUUGAGCAGGGCUUGUCUGCCUCUAGCUUACCAGCCUCAGACAGUGCUGGCUCAUCCAUUUCAAGCCCUACAACCACAGACAGUGGCCUGGACACCUGUUCCAAAGCCACCUCCAGAGAAGACCUUUCCGACCUGGAACAGUGCAGCUCGUCUGCAAACAACCUGGCUUGCGCCCUCCCUGGGACUGAGCCCAGCUCUCCAGAUGCACACUCUGAGGGCAGUCAAGUUGAACCAGCUCAGUCAGCCUCAGUGGAGUCUAUCCCUGAGGUUCUGGAGGACAAAGACUCCACUACAGAGCAGUCGGACAGUACCUCUGUCCAUGAUAUGGACUAUGUCAACCCCAGAGGAGUCCGUUUCACACAGUCCACACAAAAAGAUGGAGCAUCCCUCAUCCCUUAUGGCCUCCCAUGUCUAAGGGAGCUUUUUCGCUUCCUGAUCUCACUGACCAACCCCCAUGAUCGCCACAACACUGAUGCAAUGAUGCACAUGGGCCUGCAGCUGCUGACUGUAGCACUUGAGUCAGCAGACAUUGCUAACUACCAGUCGUUACUAGGACUAGUCAAAGAUGAGCUCUGCAGACAUCUCUUCCAGUUGCUGAGUGCUGACCGUAUUAACCUGUACACUUCCUCCAUACGAGUUUGCUUUUUGCUUUUCGAAAGCAUGAGAUUACAUCUCAAGUUUCAGCUCGAGAUGUACCUAAAGAAAAUGAUGGACAUCAUCACAUCAGAGAACGUUAAGAUGCCAUAUGAGAUGAAGGAGAUGGCUCUGGAGGCUCUGGUGCAGUUAUGGAGGAUCCCCAGCUUUGUCACCGAGCUGUACAUUAACUAUGACUGUGACUUUUAUUGCUCCAAUCUGUUUGAAGACCUCACUAAACUGCUGUCCAAGAAUGCGUUCCCAGUGUCAGGGCAGCUUUACACAACGCACCUCCUGUCGCUGGAGGCUCUCCUCACAGUGAUUGACAGCACUGAGGCUAACUGUCAGGCCAAAGUGCUCAACAACACUGCUCAACAAGAGCAGUCAGAAACACUGCUGGCAGAGGGAGAAGGUUCAAGCAAAAGUGGACCAGACACUACAGCUGAUCUUACCAAUGGUUUGAGUUUUCAACAAGCUCAGAGUGCACCAGUAUGUCCACCAACCAGUGGUCAUCUGAUGGCAGAGACGAUGAAACUGGGCAGACAGGACCAAGGAGACAAUGAUGCCGCAGCUGAGAAGAGAGCACCGAAGAAGCCUCAGCGUUUCUCAUCAUGUUUACCCGAUUCCCAAGAAUUGAUGGAAAUUAGAACAAAGAAAAAGCUGCUGAUCACAGGCACAGAGCAGUUUAACCAGAAGCCUAAGAAGGGAAUCCAGUUCCUGCAGGAGAAAGGCCUCCUCAGUAGCCCCAUGGACAACAACCAGGUGGCGCAGUGGCUCAGAGAAAACCCCCGGCUGGACAAAAAGAUGAUUGGAGAGUUCAUCAGUGACCGCAAGAACAUGGACCUCCUGGACAGCUUUGUGAACACGUUCACCUUCCAGGGACUUCGUAUCGAUGAGGCCCUGCGUCUCUACCUGGAGGCCUUUAGAUUACCUGGAGAGGCUCCGGUCAUCCAGAGACUCCUGGAAACCUUCACAGACAACUGGCAUAAAGUGAACGGAUCUCCGUUCAUGACCAACGAUGCAGGCUUUGCCUUGGCCUAUGCUGUCAUAAUGUUGAACACUGACCAGCAUAAUCACAAUGUCCGCAAGCAGAACAUCCCCAUGACUGUAGAGCAAUUCAAGAAAAAUCUUAAGGGAGUAAAUGGAAACAAAGACUUUGACCAGGACAUGUUGGAGGACAUCUACAACGCUAUCAAGAAUGAUGAGAUUGUGAUGCCAGAUGAACAGACAGGUUUAGUGAAGGAGAACUACGUAUGGAGCGUGUUGCUACACCGGGGUGCCACACCUGAGGGGGUUUUCCUCCUCCUGCCACCUGGCAGCUACGACCAUGACUUGUUCACCAUGACCUGGGGUCCCACCAUUGCUGCCCUCUCCUACGUCUUUGACAAGAGCUUGGACGACAACAUCAUCCAGAAGGCCAUCACUGGCUUCAGGAAAUGUGCAAUGAUCGCUGCUCACUAUGGCUUCAGUGAUGUUUUUGACAAUUUGAUCAUCUCCCUUUGCAAGUUCACCACUCUGAGCAAUGAGUCUGUGGAAAACCUCCCGACAGUGUUUGGCAGCAACAGUAAGGCGCAGACAGCAGCCAAGACCGUGUUUGACCUCGCCCAUCGGCACGGCAACAUCCUGAGGGAGGGUUGGAAGAACAUCAUGGACUCCAUGCUGCAGCUGUUCAGAGCCGAGCUGCUGCCCAAAGCCAUGGUCGAGGUGGAGGAUUUCCUGGAGCCAAACGGGAAAAUUUCUCUUCAGAGAGAGGAAACGCCAUCAAAUCGUGGUGAGUCUGCAGUGUUGAGUUUUGUGAACUGGCUGACGCUGAGCGGAACCGAGCCGUCAGGCCACAGAGGCCCUUCCACAGAAAACCAGGAAGCCAAGCAGGCUGCCAUCCUCUGCAUAAAGCAAUGUGACCCAGAAAAGUUGAUCACAGAGAGUAAAUUCCUACAGUUGGAGUCGCUGCAGGAGCUAAUGAAGGCUCUGAUAUCAGUCACCCCAGAUGAAGAGACCUAUGAUGAAGAGGAUGCUGCCUUCUGCCUGGAGAUGUUGCUGCGUAUUGUUUUGGAGAAUCGGGACCGUGUGUCCUGUGUGUGGCAGACAGUGCGUGACCACCUCUGCCACCUCUGCGUCCACGCCAACGAGAGCUGCUUCCUAGUGGAGAGGGCCGUGGUGGGACUCCUGCGACUAGCGAUCCGCCUGCUCAGACGAGAGGACAUUAGCUCUCAGGUUCUGCACUCCCUGCGUCUCCUGCUUAUGAUGAAACCUCAUGUGUUGUCCCGGGUCAGUAGGGAGGUGGCUUAUGGCCUUCAUGAGCUGCUGAAAACCAACGCAGCCAACAUCCACUGCACAGACGACUGGUACACGCUCUUCUCCCUGCUGGAGUGCAUCGGAGCUGGAGUGAAACCUCCGGCUUCCUUCCAGCUCUCCUCCGCCACUAAUGACAACGACACAGGUGCCCAGUCAGAUAGCGAACUGUCCUCUCAUCAUCCCAGUGAAGUGAGUUUAGACCGCGGCUACACGUCUGACUCUGAGAUUUACACCGAGCACAGCAAGACCAGGAUCUCUCGCUCCACCACUGAUGUGGAUGUAGCAAGCAGCGGAUGGCUCGUGGUUGGUAAAGAUGACCUGGACCCAAGUAAGACACCUCCUGUGUGCACUAAAGCCCAGCUAAAUCACCCACUGGUCAACCAGUACAGCCUGACGCUGGGUCAGGACCUGGGCCAGCACGACACCAAGUCUCUCAUCAAAUGUGUGGAAACGCUCUCCUUCAUCGUCCGCGAUGCUGCGCAUGUCACCCCGGACAAUUUUGAGCUGUGUGUCAGAGCUAUACGAGUAUUUGUGGAGGCCAGCCUCAAUGGAGGUUACCGCAAUCAUGACAAAAAGAAGAGCCACAAGUAUGACUCCAAGUCCCGGCUGAGGAAGAAGGCAGGCGGGAGGGAAAAGGAGGGUGCAGGCGGCACAAGGCGCGGUGGCAGCCGAGCAUCCAACCAGCGUCCAUCACGUUCCCACAGCGAUGAGGAGGAGGACGAGGGCGUCCCAGCCAGUUACCACACGGUGUCAUUACAGGUUAGUCAGGACCUUUUAGACCUGAUGCACACGCUGCACACACGGGCUGCCAGCAUCUACAGCUCCUGGGCCGAGGAACAGCGUCACCUGCAGGCCGCGGGCAGGAAAAUCGAGGCCGACUCCCAGACUCUGUGGACCAGCUGCUGGUGUCCCCUGCUGCAAGGUAUUGCUUGGCUGUGCUGCGAUGCCAGACGACAGGUCCGUAUGCAGGCCCUCACCUACCUCCAGAGGGCGCUGCUUGUUCAUGAUCUUCAGACACUCGAUGCCACUGAGUGGGAGUCCUGCUUCAAUAAGGUUCUAUUCCCCUUGUUGACUAAGCUGCUUGACAACAUAAGUCCAGCAGAUGUGGGCGGUAUGGAGGAGACCAGAAUGAGAGGCUGCACUCUCCUGUCGAAGGUUUUCCUCCAGCACCUGUCUCCUCUGCUGUCCCUGCCUACCUUUGCUGCCCUGUGGCUCACCAUCCUGGAUUUCAUGGACAGGUACAUGCACGCAGGCUCCAGCGACUUACUGCUGGAGGCGAUACCCGAGUCUCUGAAAAACAUGCUGCUGGUGAUGGACACUGCAGGAAUCUUUCACAGUGCUGACUCAAGGACGGGAUACUCAGACCUGUGGGAAAUCACCUGGGAACGCAUCAUCUGCUUCCUGCCUCACCUGAGGGAGGAGCUCUUCAAACAGACCGUCAUACCAGAUCCAGUACCCAGUCCUCCAGCAGAGACAGUGCAGCCUUCACCUCCAGCAGGUCGGCCUCCAUCCCCUCAGGUGUCUGUACCACCUGCCCAGCCGCCCUCCCCAGUCCCAGUGCCCCCUGCAGAGACACACCCCCCCAGCAGGCCAGCAUCACCCCAGGAGCCUCAGUCAACCAGUGUCACCGGAGCAGACCGAUCAUCUGCGGUCCCACCCUCCAUGCCAGUUCCGUUAACUACGUCCCCCACCCAGAGUCCCUCACCCUUAAGCCAGUCCCCCCUCAUCCUGCAGCCCCUUGCCUCUCCCUUGCAGGUGGGAGUCCCGCCCAUGUCCCUGCCGAUCAUCUUGAACCCCGCCCUCAUCGAGGCCACCUCUCCCGUACCGUUGCUGACCUCGCCCAGACCCAUGAGCCCUGCUGACGAGGCCCAGUAAGACAACCGGAGCACCCCCCCACUGAACAACUGGACCCCAGACUUCAACUCCAACUUCAGGAUCUGCUCGUCAGCAGCUUUUUGACAUGAUGAGAUAUAAAGUAUGUGAGAGGACCGAUGACAUGUGACACCUCAGUCUUACGACGUUUGAUUUGACGCGUUCCUUGUGUUGGCUGUGGGGUCAGAGCUACACUCCUGACCCUGCUGCUGCACCACACGCUCUUUGUGCCAUUUUUCUGUUUGCUACUUUGUUUUAAUUCCUGUGGAUAAAUGACUAAAUGUAGAAAGCGUGACAUCAUGCACAGAUAUUUUGGAUCAGAGAAUUCAUUGAAGGAAAAUAAUGCCAAUUAAAAUGAUUGCAGUAAAGUUGCAGUUCACUAAAA